ACUCUUCGACCGUCUCAUUCUCUCUCUAAUGUUUAUAAGUGGCGGGUGUCUCAGUAGGAGCUCUACAGUGGAUCUAUUCUGUCUGUGAAUUAAAUGGGAAGCUUCAUACUGCGGCAGUUCAUAAGUAGAUUAUUAUUGACUAGUUGACAAUGACUUUUCUCGGAUGAUCUAGUUUUUAUGGAUAGUUUGGAGACAGAGCCCUUGGUUCCUUUUCAAUGUAUAAUGAAGGACUCAAAAUAUCUGCCGAAAUUGCAUUCGAGUAAUUCCACUCUAGCUGAAUGAACUUCUUUGAAUAAAGUUGAGAAAUCAUCUGUAAAUUUAUGUAGGGCCUGCCAAUUUGGUUGGAACAAACUAAGUAAAAGGACGUAGACUUAGCAGACGCUGCAUAGCAGAAAAGCAGCCUUGAGGAACCCUGGUAUACAGUUCUUGUGGGAGGAACCUACACACCAGGAUGGCACUUGUCAAUGGCACUACUACUAAUGGCAAGAUGAAUGGGAUGAAUGGUCUAGGUGGACAGACCAGGACCAUCUUGGAUGAUAUGGUUGGAGUUGGAGACUGUGUCUUGCUUGAGCCUUUAACUGAAGAAAACUUCAUUGAGAACCUAAAUAUGAGGUUUAAAGCUAAUGAAGUCUAUACAUACAUUGGCAAUGUUGUGGUCUCAGUCAAUCCAUACACCAAGCUACCACUCUAUACAAUGGAGAAGAUUAUGGAAUACAGAGGCAUGAAUCUAUAUGAGCUACCUCCACAUAUCUAUGCCAUCACAGAUGACGCCUACAGGGACAUGAGGGACAAGAAUCGAGACCAGUGUGUCAUCAUCUCAGGCGAGAGUGGAGCAGGAAAAACAGAGGCAAGCAAAAUUGUUAUGCAGUAUGUAGCAGCAGUAUGUGGUAAAGGGGGAGAUGUAGAUGUGGUCAAAGAACAACUCUUACAAAGCAAUCCAGUCCUUGAAUCGUUUGGAAAUGCAAAGACAAAUAGGAAUGACAACUCAUCAAGAUUCGGAAAGUAUAUGGACAUAGAGUUUGAUUUCAAAGGUGAUCCGGUUGGAGGUGUUAUUACAAACUAUUUAUUAGAGAAAUCUCGAGUGAUAUCACAGCCAGAAGGAGAAAGGAACUUUCAUAUAUUCUACCAGCUUCUAUCAGGAGCACCAGAGCUAUUGAUGAAUGAACUGGAAUUGAGUCGCAAUCCUGAAGACUAUCAUUACCUCAGCCAAAGUGGAACACAUAAUAUUGGUACUAUCAAUGAUAGAGAUAACUUCGCUAUAACACAGAAAGCCAUGCAGAUCAUUGGGUUUGCUGAUGAGGAAAUCCUUGCUGUCUAUAAGCUUCUUGCGAGUGUCCUCAAACUGGGUAACAUCAAGUUCAAGAAGUAUAUAACCCAUAACGGAACGGAGGGAGUAAAGAUCAUCAACCAAGAAGAAAUGGACAGUGUAUGUGACUUGUUACAGUGUGAGCGUCAUAGUGUAAUGGGAGCCCUUACCAAGCGUACUAUGUAUGGAGGCAAAGGUGAUAAGGUGACAACCACUUUGAGUGCAUCUCAGGCAUUCUAUGCCAGGGAUGCCUUAUGCAAAGCCAUCUAUGAUAGACUAUUCUCAUGGCUUGUAAGGACAAUCAAUGAGAGUAUCAGGGUGAGAAAAGGAUCUGCCAAAAAAGUCAUGGGUGUACUAGACAUCUACGGGUUUGAAAUCUUCAAGAAAAACUUCUUUGAGCAAUUCAUCAUCAAUUACUGCAAUGAGAAGCUUCAACAGAUCUUCAUUGAGCUUACACUGAGAGAAGAGCAGGAAGAAUAUAUUCAAGAAGGGAUUGAAUGGACACAUAUCGAUUACUUUGAUAAUAUCUCAAUAUGUGAUCUUAUUGAGAAGGAACGGGAAGAUGAGAGCAAUACAGGGAUCCUCGCCAUGUUAGAUGAAGAAUGUCUGAGACCUGGUACUGUGUCAGAUGAAACGUUCCUCAACAAAUUAAACAACAUCAAGUCUGUAGUAGAUCAUCCACACUUUGAGAGCAGAGGAAAACUCAAAUCAGACAAGACCAUUGAUCAUAACAGCUUCAGGUUACAACACUAUGCAGGAGCUGUCACAUAUGAUGUGGAAGGAUUCAUCGACCGUAACAAUGACCUUCUGUUCCAUGAUCUCUCUCAGCUUAUGUUUAAAUGUAAACAUCUGCUACUAUCAGAACUCUUUCCAGAAGGAGAUCCUAAAUUUAUGUCCAAGAAACGACCACCAACGGCGGGCAGUCAAUUCAAGUCUUCAGUUAGUAAGCUUAUGAAGAACCUGGUUAGCAAACAUCCCAACUACAUCAGAUGUAUCAAGCCAAAUGACUUCAAGAAGAAAAUGAGCUUUGACUAUGACAUUGUCCAACACCAGGUUAGAUAUCUUGGCUUGCUAGAGAAUGUAAGGGUGAGACGAGCAGGAUUUGCAUUCCGUCAACCGUAUGAGCUGUUCCUAUCCCGUUACAAGAUGUUAUGUCCAAAGACAUGGCCUAAGUGGACAAGAGAUCCACGGGAUGGUGUUGAAGAACUAGUUAGACACCUUCAUAUAAUGGAUGAUGAGAUAGCAUAUGGCAGGAAUAAGAUCUUCAUUAGGAACCCAAGAACAUUGUUUGAUAUGGAGGAGAGAAGACAUCAUCAUAUGCAUCACCUAGCAACCUUAGUACAAACAAUGUAUCGUGGAUGGCAUGCUAUGACACAGUUUAAGAAGAUGAAGAAGAGUGCUAUACUCAUUGCUUCGCAGUUCAAGGGCUUUCAGGAAAGAACAUUGUACCAGAAGAAGAGGAAAGCUUGUACUACUAUAGCAGCUCAUUAUCAUGGUCAUCAAGCAAGACAAGAAUUCAAGAAGAUCAAAUACAGAGCAAGAUGUGUAUGGGCAGCUGGCAUUGUUCACAAAUUCUAUGUUGGAUGGAAGGUGCGAAAGGAGUUCAGGAAACACUUCAAAGCAAAUGCGGGUCCCAAGGUCAAAGCCUUUCUCAUGAAAUGUAUUCAUGUGAGGUACUUACAGAGGUUAAAGCAACACCUGCCGUCAAUGUCACCUACCGAUGCCUCAUGGCCGCCAUGUUCCCCACUACAUACUACAGCUCACAAACAUCUCCAAGAAAUCUUCAUCAUGUGGAGAGCAAACCAAUUCAGGAAGAAGUUUGAUGAGCCUACAAGGAUUCGUCUUGGUGAGAAGGUCACAGCUAGCAGCUUGUUUAAGGAUAAGAAAGCACUCUAUCCAAUUAGUGUUGCAGUUCCAUUCAAGGGUGAUUAUGUGCUACUAAGGAAUAACGCUAAAUAUAAGAAGACAUAUGCAGAGACAAGUGAUCAGUUUAUUGUGUUUGCUGAUAUCAUCAAAAAGAUCAACAGAAACAAUGGCAAGGUCACUGAGCAGCUUGUUGUCUUGACAACAGCAUCAUUCAUGGUAAUGGAUCAGAAGACGUUAUCCCAGAAGAAUAGAGUACCACUGGCUGCUAUCUCUGGAAUGUCUGUUACACCAUAUAGUGAUUAUAUCAUAGUCAUUCAUGUCACAAAGGGAGAAGAUAACACCAAGAAAGGAGAUUAUGUCUUUAUGAGUGAUAAACUGAUUGAAAUGGUUACAAAGUUUCAUCGUAUUAUCAGAACAGCUACCAACAAAGAUGUCACUGUCACAGUAGCUGACAGAUUCCCAAUGAACUUCAAUGGAUCAAGGAUAGAGGCCAUCGUGAGUACACAAGACCCUAAAGUGUCUAAUCCAACACCACUCAUCAAACGGAAAGGUCAAAGAAUGGAAAUACAAGCAUAGCAAUAGAUUCCUGUCAAACCUGUACCAGCCAGAGGUAUGAAGAUGAGAAGUGUCCCUUGUAGACAGGUUACCAUGGAGGGCUAGCAUUGAGGAAAGGACAUUCUACCAGGUGCUCCUUUAUAACAUCUAAGUUAUAAGUGAGUUUAAAGGAUCAUUAUCGUGUUAUCAGCUUUCUUUGGUCUUUAUCAAGAAACUAAUCAGACAGACACUGGUACGAUAAGUUUCAUCUUUUGGAUUAUGAGAGCUCUUCACCUACUUUUGUUAACAAGUGCACACAAAAAUGUGACUGCCACUCUCAACUUUUAUCACAAAAUUCUGUAUGUAUAACAAAUAGAUUGACAGUCCUAGUUUAUGAUCCUUGGCCCAUGAUAUAUUGGAUUGAUCCCUUGACAUGGAUCAUCAGACCAGUUAACCAACAACUCAUCCUUGGGAAGAUUGAAUUAUCUAAAAUAGAUAUAAAUCCAAUUUUAUAUUGAUUUAACUGUAUUCCAACAAGUUUUGUAUGUGUGGCAUCUGCACUUCAUAGAAUAUUGCACAAGGAGGAGAGUUAUAUCUUGUUUUCCCUGAGAGUAGAGUUGAAUGAUUAAUAAUUCCUUUGGAAUGUAUACAUAUAUAUUUGAUAUAUAGUUGAACAUUCUGCCUUAGAAAAGAACAUUCCUUUAUGAUAUUGAUUCUUUAUACAUCUUCUACCAUUAGAUGGUGAAUGAUGAAAUAACAUUGUAGUAACCAAAACAGACAAACAGAUUUAAAGUAUUGUAAACCAAAGAUGAUUUUUGUCUUUUAGUCUUCAGUUAUGCCUUAUAAUCAUUCCUCUAUAAAUUAUGCUAUUUGUCAGAAAACUCACUUUUAUUUCUUUCAAAAUUUGAUCUUGUGAUUAGUUGUUAUAUUCAAAAUGGUUAUUUUUCUUGUAUGAAGUUUGGUAGUAAAGUACAAAUGAUAAUUCUGCCAGUAACAUUAAUUAACUGCUUUCUGGUGGUGCUUUAGCCUCAAUACAAAUACAAUAUUAAUAGUAGUGUUGUAGUGCUGUGAGGCUUCAUUCUCAAAGACAUGUAAGCCACGGGAGGCCAAUCCAGAGUAAUGCAUUAUUUUGACAGAGAUAACAAUGUCAGUAGUUAUUGAUUUACCUUUGCACAAGACAAGAUUUUUCCUUCAUCAUUUGUUUAUGUCUCAUAAAUUCAAUCCUUGAGACUUCUAAAGGUCAUCCUACAAAAAAACAAAUAAAAACCAAAAAUUUUAUAUUAGUGUUGUGUAAAUAUUGUGCAGCUAUAUUGUGUAUUGCGGCAAUUAAAAACAUUCAACUCAUUUUCUUGUCUAAUCUAUGUAGAUGUAAGAAGGAAAUCAGGUUUAGCAUUUAAAAUUGAAGAAUAAAUAAGCAUUUGCUUAUUUAUAUGGUGUGUACAUUACUCUUAAGACCUUCAUGAAAUGAAAAGAUAAUUUCAAGUACUGCUUGUAGUAAUGCAAGAAGCAAUUGAGAUAAUUUAUAUUCAGAAAUAUGUCUAAUUGAUACUAACAACUCAUACAAUUAUGCAACAUAAAACUCUGUAAGACUGCUGCAUCUUUUCAUUUGUUUUGGGUACAGAUGAGUUGUAUUUUUUUAAACUGGAUAUUCACCUUUUCCAUGUACUCUUAUGUACAAUAGUUAUAGUAGGAAAGCUUUACAAUAUGUUUUGACCAUCCACAUUCAUUACAUCUAGUAAGAAAUGCAGGCUAAUUUGAGCUGAUUUGGAUUAUUACCAGAACAUUUGAAUUUUUCAGAUACAGAAAUACUUACCCUGUGUUUCUAGAUGAUUUCUGUGCCUUCAUUUACAGCAAGUUAAUCUGCCUUUUUGUUUUGUUUUUAAAUUUGUCAUGAUUGAUCAGCAUUUGUAUUACGAAUGUACAUUCUUUUAGCCUUUGACUUUGUAAUUUCACACCUAAAUAAUUUAUUCAAUCUGUCCAAUUGAAAAUACAGUUUCAUGUUGAAGACAAUUUGACAUGGUCAAUAAUCAUUAAUCAUCAGCAUUAAACGUUCUAAUGGUAAGACAUGUCUUGUAUAUUUCUUUCAUGUAUGGCUUUUGAUAGCAGUAGAUGUAAGAGGGGUUUUUUUUCAUUGAUAUUUUAAACCCAUCUAAUUUGUGAUGAACAUCCUCCUAAGUCUGUGAUGUUAUUGUAUAUAUCUAGAGAUAGAAAACAUUCCUGUGAUUGAGAUAAACAGGUUUCACAAUAAGUAUAUAUCAACUUGAUAUUGAUGAUGGUGGUAUCUAAAAACUAUCAUGCUACAAGAUGUCACCUAGUAACAUUCCUUUCCAUUGCAAUGUCCGUCUAGUACUGACAUUUAUUGCUGCUCUUUCAAUGGACACAAAAUGUCAACCUUUAUGCACUUUUUAUAUUUAGUUGUGCCUAAAGCCAUCGCCAAAGUGGCCUCUCUUUUUUUCCUAAUCCAAAUUUUUGAAUCUGUUUUCUAUGAAUUGAGAGGUCAAUUUUAUGAUCAUAGUUACUCAGUUUAUAAUUUGUUAUUAAAUUCUUAUGCUCUGCCUUGUACUCAAGAGUAACUCAAAUUUUUAUCGUUUGUCACAAUAUUUAACCAGUUGUCUAUACUGAAUUAUGUAAUUUGCAUGAAUGCUUAGUACAGGGACAAGCAUGUUUUAUUAAGUUAUUAAGGCAUUUCUCUCAAGUGGAUUUGUUUGGAAGACAAUUUGCAUUUUUCUUUCUUGUUUGGUGCUGUGUCAUAUUUGUUUUUCCUUCAAAAUUUAUGAUUUUUUCUUAGUAUGUAAUAUUGGUUAUGGUUAGUUGCUUUUACAUUCUUUUGAAUUAUGGUGGAAGUCUUUAUGUAUUACAAGUAUUAUCAGCACUUGAAACAUCAUUAAGUAUUGCUUUGUAAUAUAUUCCAAGCAGUGAAUAUGAGUGGUUGAACUGUUCUUAAAGAGGUCAGUAGUUUUUUUUUUUAGAGUAGUUCUUGAAAUUGAUAUUGUCAUAUUGAAUUCAUACUCCUGCAUUUCAAAAUCAUAUAGAUGCUUUCAAAUAAUCUAUCCCUGUUUCCUUGAAAUUGAACUUAUCUGUCAUCUGUCAUGGUAGUACAGUUCAAGCCUAGUUAGUAUAAGUGAAUGUUCUAUCAUUAAUAAGGACAGAUUAUACUCACUGGAAUUAAUCCAAGCUGCCAAUAAUAGUCUUUGAUAAAAGCUGCUUCAUACAAUAAUUCCAUAACUCAUCUUAAACUGGUACUCAUACAAUGUAUUAACCAUUCAAGACAAGAACAUUUUGUCAAUAUUGAAAGAAGGAUAAAAAAGUAGUUCUGUGUAUUUUUUCAUUAUAGAUCCGCAAUUAUUAUUCAUAUGAUUUCAUUGAAAUGUUUGAUAAGUUUUUUUUUACUAUGUAUUUAAAUUAACUUGAUUUCAGUGUGGGGAAUCCAUUUAAGGUAAAUAAUGAGAUAUGAUAUAUAAAACUAAUCAUGAAGAUUUUAGUGAAUCUACUCAACUCAUUUGAUAUUUUCCUGUUAGGAAUUCUGUAUUGCAUAUUGUACUGUCUACACAUGAAAAUAAUUGCCAUAAAAGGUUAAAGGAGAACCCUUAGAACAAGUGGGCUUGUGUGGAAAGAGAAAAAUAAAUAAAUAAGAUCAAAGAAA